AUGGGUACCAAUGAGCAACAGUCGGCGCGCUUGCGAGCCUACAACGAUAAGUUUCAAGAAUGGCAGGAGCGAGUAGAGCGUGCUGGCAGCUUCGCAGACAUAGAAGCCAUUGGUCAGUAUUUGGACUACGGAUUUGAAGCGCCAUCAGAUCUGGACCAAAAAUUGUACUUUAAGCAGGAUCCGGACAUACAAAGCAUUAUGAUGCAUGGAAUGAUCAAAUCAAAUUACCUCAAGGAGAUGCAAUCUGAGCCACGACUAGCUAUAAUGACGGAACAUAAUAUGGAGCUCUUUUUGUCUUCCUCCGGAUACCAUCGCUGGUUCAAUACCGUGUCCGAAAACAUUUUGGCAAUAGAAAAGAUGAAUCUCUUUCGAGACAUUCAUAACCCAGCUAAAAAGAAACAGAUGUGGAACGUCGCGCUAAUGAACUUAGAAUCACCGUUCCAUGGAACUCGCGAAAUGAUGCUAACGCUUAUAAAGCAUCUUAUAAAGGAUGAGCAAUUCAUGCGCCGUACCGUAUUACCGGCAGUAGCUAAAUGGUCAUGGCUGAAUCGCAACAAGUACCAUGUACUGGUCAUCUUAUUGGGGCAAUAUAAGCUGAUCACAAUUAUGCAGGAUUUAGGCAUCAACUUCGAUCUGCUGCGUCCAGCCCUUGAGCUAACCCUGAAGUACAAGCAUCUGUUCACCGGUGGACAGGCGCUCAUUCGGAUGUUGCACCGAGAUCAGGAAAUGCAGGAAUUCGUUUACAAGCUGGUAGUAACCGUCAUUGAAAAUGAACCCAUCCAACAGCUGCAUAACAUGUCGAAAUAUUGGUUCAGCUCGAUGGCACCGAAAGACUAUAAAAAUAUUUAUCAAAUGCUAGAGCUUGAUGAUCUUGACCCAACAUGUAUGCCAAUAUAUCUAAUGGGGAAAAAAAUAUUUUUCGUGACACACUUGUUUCGACGAGAAUUUCAGUCUCACGCACAUUUAAACGUUCUGCUCUGGAGGUUGUCCGAAUUCGCAGAUAGGCCGAAAUUGCUGCCUGCUGACUCUCUAGUGCUCUUGAUGGAAACGCUUGUGCACCAUAUAAUGACAUGCAAGAAUACGGAUAAAAUCGACAAGUUGCAUUUGACGACGAAAAUUAUGAAAUACGUUCUAGCAGUUAUCGAGGAACCUGGUUACAUCAACGUUUGCAACGUUAGCGUAACAUUGUUUGGUAAACUACUUAAUCAUAUGGCUAAUCCAACAACGCAGGAAAGUGACCGACGCGCUCAAGCUAUGAUAUCGCAGUUCAUGUCAUACGACAUGUAUGACCGAUACCUCCUUCCAACUGGAGCCAAGGAGCUCAACUAUCAACCGACUAUAACGGCGCUGCGCAUGUUCGCUGCCUUCGUUGAGCUGUUCUUUGAAUUCACUCCCUCGAGCCGGUACAUAUUACAGCCGCGUCCUAAAGAGUCGAUUUGCUGGAUCGAUGAGCUGCUGCCGGCUUCGAUGGGCACAGCACAGCUAGCGGGCACGUUCCGUACCAUUGUGUAUGGGCUGGAACAUCUGCUUCGCAGCGAUUUCGACGAUGUUCGCACGACUGCGCUGAAAAUGCUGUAUAACAAAUCUGUCGCAUAUCAUUUCGAACCUUCGCUGCAGGCCACGUUGGCAAACAUCUUUUUGAGCUGUGAUGAUGAGGUCAUUAUAAGCUCCAUGAAUACGCUGGUAGGCAAACAUGUUACUCAGUUGAGCGCAGCGCUCGCAUCACACAAGGAAGAUUUUUACGGCACUAUUAUCAAAGAGGAAAACUGUCCAAACAGUCAGCUGUAUAGAGUGCUUGAUCGUUGUGUGGAAACCUUUUUCGGAUUUCCAGAAGGGUCCAAAGUUUUGUACGAUAUCGAUUUGUUCGAAACAGUAGUGAAGAUGGUGCCGGAAGUCUUAGAUUUUGCUUUGGAUUCCUUGAACAUCGCCAAGGAUACGAUGGAAUCACAGGCGGAUUCAUUGAUUGGUUCGAGCUUCGAGGUUAUGGAUCGCAGUCUGCAAAUGUUGCUUGAUCGAUCCUCAUCGUGGACAACUAGCGACGCGAGCGGUGCAGAUUCGGCCUCAAUUGCGAUUGCUAAACGCAACAUACUGGUCGUGCUCUGGAAGACAGUACGGUCAGCUGCGGUUUUUGCAGAACGCUACGCCCUCUGGUUGUUGGAUCGACAUGUCAAUCGACAAGGCACGGUCGAAGCACUCUCCAUGUGCCUGGACAUAUUUUAUAAUAUAAUGCUGAACUGCUGCCACCGCGGUGCAAUCGCAGUCACGGCAAUCAGUCUGUUCCGGGUUGUUCGACGUAUUUUGCUGCUAAAGGAAGAAAAGCUAACGGUGGCAAAGGUCGUCGGCAACGAACCACCGGAAAAGUUCCAAGCUACGACUGCAAUAGUGCUGAUGUUGGAACAGUUUUAUCACAAAUGUCUUGCCCUCCAGCACAACGAGCGCGAUUUUCGGCGGUGCCGCGGUUUCCUCUUUCUAGUGCAUUUCAUUAUAAGCAGCGAGGUGGAUGGCAGUGUAUCUGAUUCGUUCCUUCGCUUCUAUCUGGAGCAGCACGUACAUCUUCAAGAGUACAUCAAGAUCGUUAUCGAAGGGAAAGAAUGCGACAUCAAUCGGAACUGCAAAAUAGGAGUGCUGCAGCUACACCAGCUAAAUCUGCUGGUCCGGGAGCCCUUACUCAACGAAAAGAUCCUGCCCUACAUCGACGACUUGUUGAUCCUGGCGCUGACAAAGUUCCGUUGUCCCGAAUGGGAAAUCCGCAACGCAGCCCUCCAGCUGUAUUCGACAUGCGUGACGAAACUGGGCGGCCAACGGCAGCAGUACGACGAUGCGGAUUCACAUUGGCCACCCGUGUACUCAUCGUUUGACGAGAUAGUCAACAAGCUGCCCUCCAGCAUGCAGUACAUUCUGCUCCAGAAAGAAUCGUCAGAUCAUUCCUCACAAACCUCGUUUCUGCUGCAGGUGCUCGAGUUUCUGUCUAAACUCGAGUAUCGCGGGUACUGUGAGAAAAAACAUCAAACGAUCCUUCAUGAAUACCGGGUCAUCAUUUGGGACCUGUUGCGACACGAGCAUGAUGCGGUACGCAAGCUUGCGGCGCAGUGCUUUGCUCAGCUGCAUGAUUUCCACGUGGAAAUACCGGACAUGUUGGAAAAUUUGGUGAUCAUGCUUUUUACUACUGCGGGGGAUAUGAACUUCCGUCAGGGAUUCUGCCAGGCGUUGCAUGCUUCCGUGCGUAAGUGUGCCACAAUGGAACGCUAUCUCUACAGUGAGGCUCCGUCCUACGUUGGCAAUGAUUGGAUGUUGCGUAUCGCGAAGAAAUCACCAAUUGUGCAUUUCGUCCACAAACUGGUCGAACAAUACUAUCACCUGGACACAAUGUACCAUCCAGUAGGCUCGUACCAAUACCGCUGUGUGCUGGCGCAGUUCUUGCUUUAUCUCGGCUUCGACGCCAGAGGUGAUGCUGUGCUGCAGCUGAUCUUCAACCGAAAGGCAAAAAACAUGCAAGGACUGGAGAGCUUUCUUCUACAAAUGAACUCCUUAUACAACUACGUAUCGCACGGGAGCAAAUAUCAAGCCGUUCAGGGCACGCCGAAACCACCUUCGAAUAAUCCGUGCUCGACGCCGUACGAUAUAGCGCUGGACUUGGGUCUUGAAGCAGAGCAAGACGAGAAGCAAUAUAACAAUGAUUAA